AUGAAGCGCUACGGGCGGCUGUCUGGCCUCCGGCUAGGCCUUGCAGCACUCGUCGCGGGUCUCGUUGCCAUCAGCUUCCUCGCGACCCACGCCAGCGCCGCUGAUGACCCGUGUGCCGACUCUCCUUGCGGGUCAACUGCACUGUGCAUCAGGAACAGCAACGGCACUCGCACAUGCGAGUGCUGGUAUGGCUAUCGCUUCGUAGAAGCUUCCAGGACGUGCGUCCCUGACUCAUGUGCCAACUCACCCUGCGGGUCAACUGCAAAGUGCAUCAGGGUCACCGACUACUCUUACACAUGCCAGUGCCGGGGUGACCUCAUCUUCAUAGAAGAUUCCAGGACGUGCAUUCCUGACCCAUGUGCCAACUCGCCCUGCGGGUCAACUGCACUGUGCAUCAGGAACAGCAACGGCACUCGCACGUGCCAGUGUCAGGACGGCUUUUUCUUCAAAGAAUCGGACAAGACGUGCAUUCCUGACCCAUGUGCCAACUCGCCUUGCGGGCCCUUUGGAGAGUGCAUCAGGAUCUACGACAGCACUCACACAUGCCACUGCCGGAACGGCUUUUUCUUCAUAGAAUCUGACAGGAUGUGCGUUCCUGAUCCAUGUAAGAACCAGCAUUGCGGCCUUGCAGAGUGCAUCAGGAACAGCGACGGCACUCGCACGUGCCAGUGCCAGGACGGCUUUUUCUUCAAUGAAGAUGACAGGACGUGCCUUCCUGAAAUUUGUGCCAGGCUUGAUUGCGGGCAAAGCGCAACGUGUAGCUUGAUGAGUGAUGGGACUGCCCAGUGCAAGUGCAAGGAGGGUUAUCUCUUCGAGGAGAUUGGCAAGACGUGCUACCCUGACCCGUGUGCCGUCGUUUACUGUGGGCCGAGUGCUGAGUGCGUUGUGAAGGAUGACGGCUCUGCCAAGUGCCAGUGCUACGAUGACUCGCGCUUCCACGAUGCUACCAAGACGUGCAUUCACGACCCGUGUGGAAAAUCGCCGUGUGGGUUUGGUGUAACGUGUGUGGGGAACGUGGACAACACUCGCACAUGCCUGUGUGAGGAUGGCUUCAUUUACUACGAACCUGGCUUGACGUGCAUUCCUGCCGCGUGUGCCGACGUUGACUGUGGGAGGAGUGCUUAUUGCUCUUUGAUGGAUGAUGGUUCCAAAAAGUGCCUUUGCUUCGAUGAUACUCGCUUCGACGAUGCGACCAAGACGUGCAUUCACGACGCGUGCACGACAGUGGUCUGUGCUCCGAAUGCAACCUGCGUCGUGCUCAGCAAUGGCAAGCCCAACUGUCGGUGCGGUGAUGGGUUCAUCCAAGACCCAGUUCAGAAGACGUGCAGUCCUGCCAAGUGUGUCAACUAUGAUUGCGGGCACACUGCAAAGUGCGCCCUGGACCGGGAUGGCGACCCCCACUGCGUGUGCGAGAGGGGCUUUGUUUACGACGUAUACGAGAAGACAUGCAUUGUUGACUUGUGUGCCAAUGUGGAUUGCGGCAAGAUUGCAAGGUGCUCUGCAAACCCUGAUGGGAAAACUACCCAGUGCAUGUGUGACGAUGGCUAUCUCUUUAGAGACUCCGACAAGACGUGCAUUGUUGACGUAUGUGGCAACAAGGAUUGCGGGAUUACUGCCAAGUGCAACGUGAGGAGUGAUGGCUCUGCGGAAUGCCAGUGCGGGCCCGGGGGAAUCUUCCGCGAACGUGACACAGCGUGCAUUGCUGACGUGUGUUAUAACUCGCCGUGCGGGGCUAGCGCCAAGUGCGUCAGGACGGGUGAUCUCACGCGCCAGUGCCAGUGCAACAACGGUUUGGUCUUCCAAGAGGCUGACAAGACGUGCAUUCCUGCCGAGUGUGUCAACAAGGAGUGCGGGGAGAGUGCCAAGUGCGUUGUGAUGGCGCCUGGCUCUGCCCAGUGCAAGUGCCUUGAGGAUGGCCUUUCCUUCCAAGAAGCUGACACGACGUGCAUUCCUGUGCCCCCGGCUGUCACGUGUGACAAGGACUGCGGGUCUGCAGAGUGCGUUCUCAAGGACCGCACGGCCCAGUGCAAGUGCCCUGGGAGCCUCGUGUUUGACGAGGCUAACAAGGCCUGCAGCGAGAAGGCUCCUGCUCCUGCGAAGGACCCGUGCAAGGCACGCACAGUGAAGUGCGGCAAGAACUUCAAGUGCGUCGUGAAGAAUGGGCAGAAGGCCGCUUGCGAGUGUGAGACCGGCUACACCAAGAGGAACAACCAGUGCAUUGCCUCAUGCUCUUUCCCCUCUCCUCCACCUCCCACCUCCCUCGCACCCAUGCCAGCCAUGUGCAAGGCCUGCUCUGCUAAUGCCCAAGUUACCAGAGAUUCCGAAGAAACAGUUGGAAAGAGCAGGGGCCAAGGGCAGAUCGAAAGGACAGAGGGCAAGUGCAGGACAGAGGGCAAGUGCAGGUGGAAAGGACAGAGGGCAAGUGUAAGCGAAGAACGGCGACCCUGGUUGGAUGGGCAGGGGGCAAGGAGGUGCAAGCUGGCUUCACCAGAGGAACUUCAGGUGGGGGUGGGCUAA